UUAAUUUCUACGACAAUAUUCAGACUAUAUAUAUGCCUCAUUUGCCAUAUAAAUUUCUCAGACUUUGUCGUUGUGUCAUUGACCUCCUCCUCCUCACAACUCAGCCGUUUAAUUUACUAGUUUUAACUUUAUAGUAGAUAUCUAUCAUUGAUCUUCUAGGUUGCGGAAAAGAUGAUUGCUGAAGGCAGGUGGGAAUGGAGAAGAAGGAUCAAAGGGAAGGUGGUGGAACAAACUGGUAGACGUUGAGGAGGCUAAAAAACAGAUUUUCUUUUCAUUGCCAACAAUCCUCACCAAUGUGUUCUUUUCCUUGAUCCCAUUGGUCUCGGUCAUGUUUGCUGGCCACCUUGGUGAGCUUCAGUUAGCCGGCGCAACCCUAGCCAAUUCAUGGGCCAAUGUUACUGGUUUUGCGUUCGUGGUUGGGCUGAGUGGAGCUCUUGAAACACUUUGCGGGCAAGGCUUUGGUGCAAAAUUGUAUAGAAUGUUGGGAAUUUAUCUACAAGCUUCUUGCAUCAUAUCAACCCUCUUCUGUUUCUUGAUAUCUAUAAUCUGGCUCUAUACAGAGCCUAUACUAAUUUUACUUCACCAAGAUCCUCAAAUUUCAAAAUCUGCUGCACUUUUUUUGAAAUUUUUGAUCCCCGGAUUAUUCGCUUAUGCUUUCCUGCAAAACAUGUUGAGAUUUCUUCAGACACAAUCUAUAUAUGUAAUGCCAAUGGUCUUCUCAGUGAUUGUCAUUGUUAUUCAUAUUGGCAUCACAUAUGGUUUUGUGCAUUGGACAACUCUUGGUUUUAAGGGAGCUCCACUAGCAGCUUCAGUUUCUCUAUGGAUAUCUGUUCUCAUGCUGGCUUUCACUGUUACUUGUACAAAGAGCUUUGAGAGCACAUGGGAAGGAUUUUCAUUCGAAUCUUUCGAUUAUGUCCUCACAGGCUUGAAACUGGCCCUUCCCUCAGCAACAAUGGAAUGUUUGGAGGAAUGGGCUUUUGAGAUUCUGGUGUUCAUGGGAGGAUUGAUGCCAAACCCAGCAAAAAACACUUCACUGCUUGCAAUGUGUGUGAAUACGCAAGAAAUUGGUUACAUGGUUACAUAUGGCCUCAGUGCCGCUGCCAGCACAAGAGUUUCAAAUGAAUUAGGAGCAGGCAAUCCGGACAGAGCUAAGAAUGCAAUGGUUGUCAAUCUUAAGCUCUCUGUGCUUCUUUCUUUUGCAAUUAUUCUGGCUCUUGUGUGUGGUCACAACAUUUGGGCUGGCUUCUUCAUUGACAGCAACGCGAAUUACGCAGUACUGAAAGAGGACUUUGCAUCAAUGACGCCAUUGCUUGCAAUUUCAAUAAUAGUUGAUUCUGUUCAAGGUGUCUUUUCAGGUGUGGCUAGAGGAUGUGGGUGGCAACACUUAGUUGUGUAUGUAAACUUGGCAACGUUUUAUUUCGUUGGUAUGACAAUUGCUGGUCUACUUGGAUUUAAGUUCAAACUUUAUGCCAAGGGCUUGUGGAUUGGUAUAAUCUGUGGUCUCUCCUGCCAAGCAAGCACGCUUUUGAUGAUUACAGUGCUCAAGAAAUGGACUCAAUCAGAUUUACUUAAAAAUCCAGAGCAGGAAGCACCAGUUUUGGUCUCAAUUGAUGUUACCGAAAGAAAUACAAACAUAGACCACUUGGGAAAAUCUAGUUGAUGCUUAUGUCCAAUUAAUAUCGUAAUAAUACAUGGAUUUGCAGAAACAAGAAACCAUAUUUCUCAAAUAAAUCUCAAGUGU